UCUAAUGAGUCGGCCAUUUUGUACUCCACAUGGCCGGGAAGACACAUUGAAGUGCGACCGAAGAAUUUUUUUAUCGGUUUAAUACAUUAUGCACAUAAACUGAAAAGAUGCCAACAUAUUUCCAAAGACCAGAGAAUGCUCUGAAAAGAGCUAAUGAGUUUAUAGAUGUUGGAAAAAAGCAGAGAGCCUUGGAUGCACUUUAUGAUGUCAUCAAAAGUAAAAAGCAUCGAACAUGGCAGAAAAUACACGAGCCCAUCAUGGAGAAGUAUCUCCAGUUAUGUGUGGAGUUACGGAAGAGUCAUAUUGCCAAAGAGGGUCUUUACCAGUAUAAAAAUAUAUGUCAGCAGGUAAACAUUAAAUCCUUGGAAGAUGUAGUUAGGAAAUACAUCAAUCUAGCAGAGUUUAAAACAGAGGAAGCAAGACAGGAAUCUCAUCAAGUUGUUGUAGAUAUUGAUGACUUAGAACAACCAGACACACCUGAAAGUCUGUUGUUGAAAGUAGUCAGUGGAGAAGACACCCAGGACAGAACAGAUAGAGCAAUCCUGACACCAUGGGUCAAAUUCCUGUGGGAAUCCUACAGACAGUGUCUUGAUCUUCUUAGAAACAAUUCAAGAGUAGAAAGACUUUAUCAGGAUAUAGCUCAACAAGCAUUUAAAUUUUGCUUCAAGUAUGGAAGAAAAACAGAAUUUAGGAAGUUGUGUGAUAAUCUUAGAACUCACUUGAGCUUGGUUCACAAGCAUCAGCACCAGCAGACAGCUAUAAACCUUAACAACCCAGACUCCCAGGCCAUGCAUCUAGAAACAAGAUUGGUUCAGUUAGAUAAUGCUAUCAACAUGGAACUUUGGCAAGAAGCUUUCAAGGCAGUUGAAGACAUCCAUGGGUUGAUUGGUUUGUCAAAGAAGCCUCCAAAACCUUCACUGAUGGCCAACUAUUACCAGAAAUUAGGUUUAGUCUUUUGGAAAUCUGGUAACCAGUUAUUCCAUGCAUCAACACUUCACAGAAUGUUCCAUUUGUCAAGGGAACAGAGGAAGAAUUUGUCACCAGAGGAAUUACAGAAAAUGGCAUCACGAGUACUCUGUGCUACGCUGGCCAUACCUAUACCUGCCUCUAGAAAUGCAAUUGAUCAGCUUUUAGAAAGUGACGAGGGAACAAUGGAAAAACAAAGACGCUUAGCUCAACUCUUGAUGUUACAAAACCCACCAAAGAGAACAGCUCUUAUUAAGGACUUAGUAAAGUACAAUGUUCUCCAGUAUGUCAGCCCUGAGUUGCAGAACUUAUAUCAGUGGUUAGAGGUCGAAUUUCAUCCUCUAAAACUGCACGAAAGAGUCAAGUCUUCAAUGGAGUUCAUUAACCAGAAUGAUGAUCUUAAUCAAUACCUCAACUCUCUGGAAGAAAUUGUCAUCACAAGAGUGCUGAAACAGGUGUCACAAGUAUACCAGACAAUUGAAUUCUCAAGACUUGCAGCACUGGUGCCAUUUUCAUCCAAAUUUAGACUUGAGAGGUUGAUUGUAGAAACAGCAUUAACAUUAGAACUCCAGGUGAGAAUUGACCACAGAAGUAAAUCAUUAAGCUUUGGUACUGACUUGAUGGUAGCUCAAAAGGAAGAUGUUCCAGAAGGACCUUACAUACAGAGCAUGCCCAGUGAACAGAUCAGGAACCAGUUGACAUCAAUGUCCCGCUGUUUACAUAAAGCUAUGACACUCAUUCAGCCUGAAGAUAGACAGUCUAUCAGAGAUGAGUUAAGAGUAAAGAUAGCUAACAGCUACAGAAUGACUGCCAAGAAAGAUCAUGUCAAUGUUCUCCAGAGAAGAAACAUCAUUGAACAGAGGAAAGAACAGUUGGAACACAUGAAUGAUCAGAGGGAAAAAGAAGAAAUGGAGCAACAAGAAGAACAGAAGAAGAAAGCGUAUGAUGCUGAAAUGGCUAGACUUGAACGUGAAGCUAAGGAGAGAGAGAGACAAAGGAAGGUUGAGGAACAUAAAGAAAUGCAGAAGAAACAUGCACAGGAAAGAAUAGAGCAACUGAGGAAAACUGAACUUGGUGCUAAAGUGUUGCAAAACAUGGAUGAAGAUGAUAUUGGCACUUUAGACAUUGAAGACAUUAUGGCUAAACAGGUUGAACAGCUUGAAAAAGAAAAGAAAGAAUUAAAUGAAAGAUUGAAGUCUCAGGAGAAAAAGAUCGACUUCUUUGCUAGAGCCAAGAGACUGGAAGAGAUUCCAUUGUUGAAAAAGCAGUAUGAUUCAGAUCGUCAAGAGUUGAAGGGAUUCUGGGAACAACAAGAAGAAGAAAGGAUUGAAAAAGUUAAGAAAGAAAGAGAAAAUGCCCUACAACAGAGGGAUAGAUUGAGCAGAAUGAAGAAGGAUAAGGAUGAAUUUGUCAACAUGUUGAGAGGAAAGAGGAAGGAGCAGUUCAAGCAAAAAGUGAAAGAGUUUGAUUUGAAAAUGUCUGAAGAAAGAAAAAAGAGACUGGCAGACAGGAAAGAAAAACGAAAGGAAGAUAGAAGAACUAAAUGGAUUGAGGAAAAGAGAGAAGCUGAACAGAGAGCUAAAGAUGAAGAAUUGCUCAGAGAGAGAGAAGAAAAAGAACAGAUGGAGAAGGAGAGGAUAGAAAAGGAGGAAGAAGAAUACAAAGAGAAAAUCAGGAAAUUGGAGGAACAGACUGCCAAACAGAGAGCAAGAGAGGUAGAAAUAGAAGAAAGAGAGAAAAGAAGGAGAGAAGAACUUGGUAGUGGAGGAGGAAGACCUGCAGGGGCUCCUACAGAUGAGGGUAGAUCAUGGAAACCAUCAGGUGGGGGUCUUGGAUGGAGAGAGAGGGAGAAACAGAGAGCAGACAGCUGGAAAAGGGAUCCUGAUGCUCCACCUCAAAGGGAUGAUGAACCACCUGCUAGAGAUGAUAGAGAAGGGUGGCGUGGAAGGGGAACACCAUCUAGAGAUGAGAGGCCACCACCUUCCAGAGACGACAGAGGACCACCACCAGGUAGAGAUGAAAGAGGGCCACCUGGUGAUGCUUGGAGGGAUAGACGUGAGGAUCGUGGUCCUCCUUCUUCAGGGGAGUCUGCCUGGGGUAGAGAUAGAGGGAGGGAUGAAAGGGGUCCUCCUGGAGAUGCAUGGGGAAGAGAUAGAAAUAGAGAUGACAGAGGCCCUCCUGCGGAAUCUUGGAGAGAUAAGGGAAGAGAUGCUGGGGGCCCACCUGCUGGCAGUUGGAGAGAUAGAGCUGCAGCAAGGGACAGUGAACGAGCACCUCCAAGGGAAAGUGAACGAGCACCUCCAAGGGAAUUUGAUAGAGGACCUUCAAGAGACUUUGAUAGAGGACCUUCAAGAGACUUUGACAGAGGUCCUUCAAGAGACAUGGAUAGAGGACCUUCAAGAGAUGAUAGAGGUUCAAGGUUUGCUUCAAGGGAUAUCAGAGAGGAGAGAGGUUACAGAGAUGAACGUGGGCCUUCAAGAGAUGACAAAGAAGAAAGAGGUCCAUGGAGACGAGGGGGAGAGUCCGAUAGAUUUGGUGGUGGUAGUGACAGUUCAAGGGACGAUAGAUGGGGAAGCCGAGAUAGACCAUCAGACAGGUCUAGAGAAGACCGUGGACCUCCAUCACGUGAUGAUAGAGGACCACCACCUCAAGAAAGGGAGGAUACUUGGCGAAAAGGAGGCGGAGGUGCACCAAGUGAAGGAGGACCACCCAAGACAAGCUGGAGAGAUAAACAACCUGAGAAAGAAAGGAAACCUGGUGAAGGGGAUGAAGGAUGGUCAACGGUCAAAUACAAAUAACUCUGUAAUAGGACAACUAGACCAUACUGGACAGUGGAAUUUAAUAAAAUAUUUUUAUUGACCAACUCAAAUAUAUUAAACAAUUCUUAUUGGACAACUUGAUUAUUCAUUGAACAACUAUCAGAUAUUGAUCAUGUAAUAUUAAACUACUGGAAUACUGAUAACUUCUAAUUGGACAACUUUACCAUAAUAAAUGACUCUUCUUAUAAGACAACUAUCAGAUACUGAGCGUGUUAUAUUAAACAACUGUCAAAUACUGAAAUCUUCGUAUUGGUCAAUCUGAUGCUGAUUACUUCUUUAUAUUUUAAAACUAUUGGAUGAUUUUGAACACAAUUUUACAUAGACUUACUUUCACUAUUUUUACAAAGCAAAAAACUUAAUAUUGGACAGCUGUGCUAUGCUGAACAUUUGAUAUAAAUUGUACAGUACUACACACUUACAAAUAGAUCAUCAGGUAUUUAUUGUCAAUUUAAGCUGUAGCAUACAUGUGUCUUGUUGUAUUUCAUCUUUAUUGCAGUUUUGGAAAUUAUUGUUUGGAGAGUAGAUGGGCAUUUAUUCUUUAAAAUGAAUUAUUGGUGCAUUGUACAUUGUCAUAUUUCCCUUUAAAUCUUAUAAAAAUAUCUAGAAUUUUGCAAACAAAACAAAAUAUAUUGUGGGUUGAAAUGUUUGGGAUUUAAGUGCCCUUCUUAAUAUAUAUACACAUUGAAUAAAGUAAGCGACAUUAAAAUUUUCUCGAUUAUUCAACUGAUCAAGAUUAAAUAUGCAUUUCCACUUUUUCAUUGACGAACUGAUAAUUCGAUCCAUGUAUAUGACAAAUUUGUAGAACAGUUGUUAUUAUUUAUAAAUGUCGUUAAAUGUUUUUUUGUGGCUAUUACAAAAUUAUGUAAUUGAAGUGCUAAUUGUUGAAUUAUUAUGAUGUUGAUUGUAAAAUAAAUAUUAUUUGCACAAGUUU